CACGGAUGCCUUUAGUACCUGUGAUCCCUCUUUUUGUGUUUCUUGAUGUCUUGGAAUCUAACAUCAUCCCUUGUAAUUACAAGCAUAAUUACCAUCACGAUAUUAUGUUUAAAACGUUGAAGAAUUUAAAGCAUUUCACAUUUCUCAACACAGCUGUCCAGAACAGGAAUAUCGGCAUCGCAGUGGCAUUUUCUGUUGUGGGUGUAGUUGCUGGAGCAGUGGCCAUGUGGUUCUACAUGAGAAGAAAGUCUGCAAAACCCAAGCCUCAAAGAUUUGGAUUUGAUGGUGUGGAGGAAGUAAAAUACUCCGGUGGAGAGAUGAUGUACACAAACCCAGCUUACAGUACUCUGGGGGAUGAAGGUGUCAUCACCUUCAGCAAAGACAAACUCAACAAUGCUAGUGGAUAAUGACUAGUGGCAGGGGAGGGUGGAGUAGUUACUCAGCUGUGUUCCUCUGUGGGUGUCAAAAUAAAUAACAGUGCUAAUCGUGCCAAUAUGACUAAUCAGGCGGUAGAUUAAACCACAGAAAUACAGAAUUUUUGUUAGGGUUGUAGAUUGUUCCUCUCAUCAAAUUAGUCUUUCCUCACGACACAUAUAGAUCAUUUUCACAUGACAUCAUCGAAUUCAAAAAUCCAAAACUAAAGAGCCAUGAACGUUUUUAUCCUCAUCAGGCAUAAGGGGAUCUAAACUUAUAUCUGUUUAGAACUUUUCAGCUCAAUAGUGUGCCUGGCUUCUAAACCAGUGCAGUUUGAAGUUCAGACUUAUGACGUUGCGUGCUAUACCGCUCCAAUCGUGUUCAUGGAAAUAUAUACACUUAUCUAGUGAUUUUUAGUCCUGUUGGUGUUAGGAAAAGGGCUUGUGUAAAUGCUUGUUGGUUCAGUUCAGAUAAUCAGUCGCCUAGAUAGCCAAAGAAAGUUCCAGAUGUUUGCAUUAUUUUCCGCUGCCAUAUUGGUGGAGCACGGUGCUCCACCAACAUGGCGACUCCAUACUGGGCUCUGUAUAAUUAUUUGCACAAAACAUUUCGAUGAAUAUUCGAAGUUUGGGACGACGCAGAGACCCAAAACUUGAAGAAGUGUAUUCUGUAUUUAUCUCCUAUAACAUUACAAUUUCUUGACUUUAUCCACUGAAUAGUUUUUGAUUUAUUUUUGUUGUUGCAUGACAGUGAAAACCAUCUAAAUACAGAACAUUAAUCUCAUUUUUAAUUUCAGCGUGCACACUUUUUUGAGUUGCACUGUAAGACACCAAAACCUUUUCCUACUAUCGAAGCGUUUACCUUCUGUUAUAAUUGUGAGACUUGAGGUUUGUGCAGUUACCCCUUUAUUGUUGUUGUUUUCUUUUAACUCACAUGAUACUCAUAAAAUGAGAUGGUGGAUUUCAUAUUAUCAGUUAAGUGAUUUCUGUUGUUUCUACUUAAGUGCUUUGUUUGUACUUUAAAGCUUGACUGUGUAUUCA